AUGGCUUUCCUAAUCGAGGGUUUAUUUAAAAUUCAUACUUGUGGAGCGGGGGCGCAGCUCCUGCGCAGCGGCCAUAGCCAGGUGCGCGCCCGCUAUGCCCCUCCUGUCCGCUCUCCGAGAAGUACUGCAGGAGUAAAAAGUAUUCCUCCCAAAUUCAAGCGCCACCUAAAUGAUGAUGACGUCACUGGUUCUGUGGGAUGUGAAAGGAGAAGUCUUUUGGAAGAUGAUUCAGAUGAAGAAGACUUUUUUCUAAGGAGACCAUCUGGACCAAGAUUUGGACCUAGAAAUGAUAAAAUUAACCAUGUUCAGAAUCAGGUGGAUGAAGUUAUUGAUGUCAUGAAAGAAAAUAUUACAAAGGUAAUUGAAAGAGGGGAGAGACUAGAUGAAUUACAGGACAAAUCAGAAAGCUUAUCGGAUAAUGCAACUGCUUUUAGCAACAGAUUCAAACAGCUUCGAAGGCAAAUGUGGUGGUGCGGAUGCAAAAUAAAAGCCAUCAUGGCUUUGGUUGCUGUUUUCCUUUUGCUAGUGAUCAUAAUUCUUAUAGUUGUGAAAUAUCAUACUUGAUCUGAUGACAGAGCUCCUCAUUAAACAAGUUCUGGGAAAAUAAUAAUAAAAGGUUGCUGUGUAAUUUAAAUGAAACCCAUGUAUAUAACUUUCAAAACUUCUUUCUCAAGAAACUAAGAAGCAAGUAUCACUUCAAAUUGGAGCAUUGAGAAUGUCCAAUUAUCUUCUUCCCUUCC